UCUGUGUUAGUGGGUGUCUCUCUCCCCCACAGCGCGGAGCUGAGCAGCGGUUCGCUCUCCCCGCGGAACUGGGAGAGGUGAAAGCGCUUUGACGGAUUAGUCGAUUCCCGACUCGGUCAAACGCAACGUUAGCUCGUCGGCUAGCGGCUGUUGCCAACCAGACACCGACCUGGUACCGUCCGGGCCACUGGAGAGUGAUGAAAGGCUGCUGGAGUCGGUGAAACCUGGCCCACGGGUUACCUCUGGACUUUUAUGUCGGGAAAUAUCGCGGAAAAGCAAGUUGUUGGACCAUGCAGUCGCAUCUCCCUGAAGAAAUUUCCACUUCGGAAAGGCUAACUUAGAAGCUAGCAAGCUAUCGUUAAUUGGCUUUCGGCUCAAAUGGCUCGCGCGUGUUUUCCCUGUCAUAGCGACAGCUGGGAAAGUUAAAAAUCGGGAGAGGCGGUGUGAACUUCAUGACAACGCAAAGUCAACAUUUUUUUCCCAAGUGUGAACUUCGAAGGAUUCGACUGGAACGUGAGCGAAAAUGAAGAAGCAGUUUAAUCGCAUGAAACAGCUCGCCAAUCAAACAGUUGGCAGAGCGGAAAAAACAGAAGUUCUCAGCGAUGACCUUUUACAGAUCGAACGGCGGAUGGAGUUGGUGCGCGUGGUGUCCCACAACACACACAAGAAAAUGGUCUCAUGUCUGCAGGGACAUAUCGGGGCAGAUGCCGAGAAAAGACAUUCCGUACCACGCCUCUAUACAGGAAAUGGUCAGAAAAAGCUUCCUCUCACGGCGUUGUCUCAGGCUAUGGUGGAAGGUGGAAACCAGCUGGGCGAGGACUCUUUAAUAGGGAAGAUGAUGGAGGUUUGUGGGGAUGCAGAGAGUCGUUUGGCAUCUGAACUGAUGCAGCACGAGCUACAGUUGGAGAAAGAUGUCCUGGAUCCUCUCAGCCAGCUUGCAGAGGUGGACAUCCCCAACAUUCUGAAACAGAGGAAACAGUUGGCCAAAUUAGUGCUGGACUACGAUUCUGCAAGAGCGAGAUGGUUGCAGGCGACCAAAUCAAUAAUCUCAGGAACAAACACUCAAGCACUGACUGCCAAGGCUGACCUACUCAAGGAGGAAGUAGACGAGGCCAUGAACAAAGUGGAACUUUGCAAGGACCAACUUGCAGCAGACAUGUAUAGUUUCUUCUCAAAAGAAGGAGACUAUGCCUGUUAUUUCUUAACGCUUCUUGAAGCUCAGGCAGAAUACCACCGAAAAUCUCUCACUUUACUGGAGAGUGUUUUGCCAACCAUCCAGGCUCAGCAAGAUUCUUGGAUUGAGAAGCCUGCCUUUGGCACUGCAUUGGAUGAACACCUGAAAAGGAGUGGGAGAGAGAUUGCCCUGCCCAUAGAGGCCUGCGUCAUGAUGCUGCUAGAGACUGGGAUGAAGGAAGAGGGUCUAUUCAGAAUUGCAGCUGGGGCAUCCAAACUAAAGAAGCUAAAGGCGGCGCUAGACUGUUCCACCUCACAAUUGGAGGAGUUCUACUCUGACCCCCAUGCUGUUGCUGGAGCACUGAAGUCCUACUUGAGGGAACUGCCUGAACCUUUAAUGACCCACCAGCUUUAUGAUGAAUGGACCCAAGCAUGCAGUUUAUCAGAUCCAGAUAAGAGGCUUCAGGCUCUAUGGAUUGUAUGUGAUAAACUACCAAAGAACAACAAAACCAACUUGAGGUAUCUGGUAAAGUUCCUUGCUAAACUGGCUCAGGAUAGCGAGGUAAACAAAAUGACUCCCAGCAACAUUGCCAUUGUCCUUGGACCCAAUCUGCUCUGGGCCAAGACUGAAGGGAGUUUGGCAGAGAUGGCUGCGGCUACGUCUGUGCACGUGGUGGCCAUCAUAGAACCCAUCAUCCAGCAUGCUGACUGGUUCUUUCCUGAGGAUGUGGACUUCAAUGUGUCUGGCAUGUUUGCAAUGCCUGUACCCUCAUCCAACCACAACAAUCAUUUGGAUUAUGAUACUGGCACUAUUGAGCGGAAGAGACCAGGCAGUUUGGUUGGACCAGAUACGGACGGAAGCCGCAAAGACAAUAGCACCUCUAACAAGUACUCGGACCACACCCUCCGUAGAGGCAGUACCACUUUAGGUAGAAAGCAGCACACCUCACCCGCCUUCCAGCCCCCUUUACCCCCUGUGGAGGCCCCGGGGCAGGGACAAGGCACCGGGCAGGUCCCGCAGUCCUCGGCUGAGCCCCAGGCGCAAGCUCUACCGGGGGCGGCGGGGCCCGACAGCCCCCAUAGUUUGGCUCAGGGUCUCGCUGCACUCACUGCCGCUCAGCAACUUCUAGCGCAGCAUACGGAGGAGCUCAGCAACCCAAAGGUGCGUGACCCCACAACUGCGCCAACUUCCCUCAUCCAACGGAAUGGUUCUGGAGUAGGGAGCCAGGCUGCUGGCCAGACGGGCACCGGGACCAGUCCGCAUACGAUGCGCAGAGUUAUCAAGAAACAAGCACCCGCUCCGCCCAAGCCAGCAAACCCACCGCCCGGCCAACCCUCCGCUUCAGUCAACUCAUCGCAACCCCUAAGUCCCCCUCCGAGACCGCUGUCAACCCACUCCCAGACUUCCCCUACGUCCCCCAAUGCUCAGCUAUACAGCACGCCCCGGCGUCACUCCAGUAACCAGCCGCCGAUCCAAGCCCCCAGCCAUCCACCCCCGGAGCCGCCGACACAGGCCAAUUCUCCCACUCAGCUCGGCGCGGACCCACAGAGCGCGGACCCCUCGCCACCGGACUCCCCCAGCCCUCCGGACACCCCUCCGCUCCCCACCCCCCCUGGCCUGGACGGUGCUCAGAUCCCCCCGACUUCUCCAUCCUCCUACCAGACAGGCUCACUCCCCCGCCCGCGGCCUGUCCCCAAGCCCAGAAACAGGCCCAGCAUGCCUCCACCCCCGCAACCCAACCCUGUGGCCAAUGACACCAACGGGAUCUGCUCCGCCGCUUACAAGAUGAUGGACCCGGCCAUGUCCUUGAAAGGGCUCAGUCGGACUCUGGUGCCCGAGUUCAACGUGGACCAGCAGCCGGCGCCUGUGUCCUCGCCGCCGUCGCCUCCCAAAGACUGCGAGUUGGACAGCGAGAGCACCGUCUUAUAAAAGAAGGGCGCAUACCGCAUCUUUUUAUACACACAUAUACGCUUGGGAUUUCUAUUUGGUGUCUUUCAGCUUUUUUUCCAAACAUUGUACCAACCAUCCAUGCAAAGUUUUGAUUUUGCGUCGUAUUCAUUGCCAAAACUAAGAUAUUAGUUGGGGGAGGAAAAAAAUGAGGAAGGACCGCAAUGAUGAUCGGAUACUUUGGGAUUUGUGGUGUGAGUUUUUUUUUUUUUUUUUUAUGUUGAAAAUGGCUUUAGAACAUAAAAUGACAAAGGUAUUCUUAAGCAGGUGGAACCAAAAACUUUAAACGAUGACUGCAGGUUUCCAGUCAUCUCAAACACUCUAUUUCCUUUUCUCCAUCUUUUCUCUCGCACUUCUAUUUAUUUACCCAGCGAGUUGAAAUGCACACACUCACAUUCCCUGUGGCUCGACACACUGCAGCCACCACAUGUAAAUAAAGCCUUAAUAGGAUGGAAACGUUGUUGAAUGACUGCAUGGAACGCCAAUGGAAAGCCCUUUGAGCAUUUAUCCACAAUAUCCUGCACUACUACACUCUUCUAUGUAGCUAUAAAAGAAAUCAGUAGAACUAGACAGCUUCCAAUACUUUUGACAUUUUGUUUGCACGCUAGUAAGAUGAUUUUAGCGUUGUAAGACAACUACUACUACUUACUUGUGAGGCAAAACUGUUACCCUAGUUAUCAUUCACACACUAGUCAUACUCCUAGUGAGGCCCUGGACCAGUAGAGGACAAACUAGUGCACAGUUUUGCCUCACUUGGGCAUUUAUUCAUUAUCUUUGAUAUCCAGCUUAAUAUCUGUGUACUUGUAUGCUCUUUGUCCUCAUUAGUAGGAUGACUUCAGUCUACUCAUAGGACAACUUGGUUACUUGUGAGGGGAAAAAAAACUGCUAGUGUGACACAUGCCAACUAGGCCUCACUUGGGCAGCAUAGUAGUUUGCUGUUAAAAUGUAAUCGCAUACCAAAAGUGGCCCAAGUAGUAGGAAAAACUACGAGUAAGACAGUUUAGUUACUUGUAUUACUAGUAGCACACAGUUGACAGCUAGUGCAGUUUACCCUCAUUUGUAACACCGCAUAGUUGUCCUUCUGGUAUGCUAGAGUUGUUGUACUCAUGGGAGCAAAGAGUGUACUUAGUACAUGGACCUACAGCUGGAUAUCUAGGAUAUAAAGUGUAGCUCAAAUAGCUUUCCACAUACUUCCCUUUGUUGUAUUACUGCAGUAUUUGCAAGAAGCGCAAAUAGUACUUCGUGUUUCAGGGACGUCAUAGGAAAGAAAGCGUGGUGUGCGUGUGCGGUCUUCUUUAAAACGUGCGGUUGUGGUGUCACGGCAGUUCCGAGCGCAAGUAGUGGGGUUGGCCGCCCUCCCCGAGCCUCAACGCAGUCAGUAUUUUAAUGUUUUUGGGUUUUGCCUUUCUUUUUUUUUUUUUGCGUGAUGAAUGUAGGAUUUGCCUCUUCGUCUGAAGCUGAUGUUGCACAUGAGCACAGGCCAUGAAACGACCCUUUUUUUUUUUUUUUUCUUUCCUUUCACUCCCCACCGAGCUGGGAACACAAACUGCUGUAUACCUCAGUAGUGACGUGCGGGACAAAUAUUUUAUCGAAUGGACUAGAUUCUUCUUUUUCUCUGGCGUUCGUGUAAUGCGGAGGUCCAGCUCCUAGAAAAGUGACGUGCAAAAAUGGUACCAAUGGAGAAAGUCUUGGAUGCUGCCGUUGCCCUGGAAAUAUGUGAUUUUUUUUUUUCUCUUUCUCCUCCCCCUGAGACAAUCAAAUGUCCCCUUACCAUUCUUUACUCCUGUGACUCAAUGCCUUAUACACCCCCCGACCCCACCCCAAGUCCCCUCCCCUGCACAACAAGACCAACAAAUGCCAUUAAACUCAAAGUGAUGAUGCUGCGUUUUUAAGCUCCAUAGUUUUGUUGUCCAGUGAGCUGAAUAAUGGAAUAUGUUAUAUGAAUGCUUGGUUAUACAUCUUUUCCAAAGAAAAUAAAGUAUAUGAACUAUA